AUGUCUAUCUGCCGUUCAGGGGCUCAAGCGACGUUCCCCAAACAAAUUAUUCCGAUUCUGUAUUACCUGGGAGACUACCGGCUGCGAGUACAAAAUUGUGUACGGGAGUGGAGGUCAAGAUCAAGUCAAUUCCAUGAAGAGCGACGACCUAGCAAGACUUUUGGAUCGAUUUUGUUGUCAGACGGGAAUAAUAAGAUUCUGGCGGUUGUUUGUGACUGCAAAGUCUCGAGCGGGCUUUCGACCUUAGCGAAAGCAAUAUCAGCCCACCACCUCGACCCGGGCUUUUUGCUCCAAGUCUUCCAGACUGGCAGAGUGCCACGUAACCGGCAGGCAGCCGGCAGCAUUGGGGUUUUGGUAUGCGAUCAAAAUGGGUAUCGACGUAUCGUGCGCCUCUCGCGCUGCUGCUGCGAGGAGCAGAAGAACUCAUCGCAAACGCCAAGGAAACUCUGUCUGUGUCUGAUCAUCGCCACAAACUCUGUCGCGCAAAGCCGUAUUACACAGCUGAGUCUAUUGCCUACGGUCUCCCACAGGAAUAGAGCUCUCGUCUACAGCUUUCAUUAUCAGGUCAUUGGUUUGAAAAGAAUUAGAGAAAGUUGUAUAAGCUCCUCGAAGACUAGAGCAAACUUAGUGUGAACCUAAAGUCUCAGCGUAAGGGUCCAGGUGAUGCAGAAGAGCAAUAAACAAUCAACGAAUGGAAGCAUGACCCAAAGGAUGGCAACGGAAGUGAUUCAUGAGGCCAUUGACAUGAUCGGAAACUGAGCCCAGCUGUGUUGGAAAUGGAAUGCGAGGACUAUUAUUAGAGACAUUC